UUGUCCCCGAGCUGGCCGGUCUCUGUCGCCUACCUUUCCCUCGGCCGCGUCCAACUCCAACCCAACCUCUUCCCUCCCUCCACCGCUCACGCGUUUCCUCCCAGAUCCCCCCACCCCCACCCUCUCCCCUCGCCACCAAACCAAACCCAGCUUCACCUUCACAUUCCUCUUCUCUUCUCGCUCGGUCCCCGCGACUCGCUCCAGCCACAUGCCACUGCCCCGCGCCCGCGCUCCUGCUCCUCUCGCCGCCGCUGCCGUUCCUCCCCACGACUGAUGGGGGACCCGCGUCACCCGCCGCCUUCGCUCCACCGUCUUCUCCUGCCGCCGCCGCUGCUUCUGCUGCUGCUGGUGCUCGUCUCCGUCUCCGUCUCCUGCCCGCUCGUCCACGGCGCAGCAGCGGGUGGAGGAGGGCCCGGUGCUCGGGAAUGGAGCGCGGGCAUGGAAUCCGCUCCCGUUCAGCUCAGGAAUUCGCACCCGAGAAGGCUGCUACAGAUACACUUCCCACCAUUUCUCCUGCCACCGACUCGAGCUCCUGACCACAACAAGGGCAGGCAUCGCGCAGGAGCACCAUCGCCUGCUCCGUCGCCCUCGCCGUUCAUCGCCCCGCCUAAGGCAUCACCAUCUCCAUCGCUAGCCCCUCCACAAUCGGUCAGGCCUCUGCCUUCCGCCCCACAGCCAAGCCAUGAUCCUCGGGUUGAUGCCCCAGUCAACGCUGUUCAUAAGCAUUCCUGGAGAGCCUACGGUUUGGUCACGGCAGGUGGUGCGGCCUUCCUUGUCAUGACUGCGGCAUUUGCUGUAUACUGCCGGGCGAAGAAAGUCGGUACUGUGAGGCCUUGGGUAACAGGGUUAAGCGGGCAACUGCAGCGAGCCUUCGUGACAGGUGUGCCUUCGCUGAAACGGUCAGAGCUGGAGGCAGCCUGCGAGGAUUUCAGCAAUAUAAUUGGUUCUACGGCUAACUGCAUGUUGUAUAAGGGAACAUUAUCAAGCGGGGUUGAAAUAGCAGUUGUGUCAAGUUUAAUAUCAUCUAAGAAUGAUUGGUCAAAAGAAUGUGAAUCCCAGUACAGGAAAAAGAUCUCAAGUUUAUCCAAAGUGGGCCACAAGAACUUUAUAAACCUGCUUGGCUACUGUGAAGAAGAAAAUCCUUUCACCAGAGCUAUGGUGUUUGAAUAUGCUCCAAAUGGGACUCUUUUCGAGCAUCUCCAUGUUAGAGAAGCUGAGAACUUGGACUGGAUGGCCCGUCUUAGAAUAUCGAUGGGGAUAGCUUACUGUCUCGAGCAAAUGCACAAGCUGAAUCCACCCGUCGUGCCGCGGAGCUUCAGCUCAACAACUAUCUACCUCACCGAUGAUUUUGCCGCAAAGGUCUCAGAUCUUGAUUUCUGGAACGGCACCAAGGGAUCUGAUUCCGUCAGCGACGACUGCACCAUGCUGGACACGGAGAGCAUCGUGCAUCAGUAUGGCAUUAUACUGCUGGAGAUAUUAACCGGGAGAGUGCCCUUCCCUGAGCAAGACCUGCCACUUGAAAAGUGGGCGUCCAUCUAUUUUGAGGGCAAGAUGCCUCUUGCAGAGCUGAUCGACUCGAGCCUGGGAUCCUUCCCUGAGGAAACAGCGCACGCGUUGUGCGACGUCGCGAGGUCCUGCAUCGACCCGGACCCGAGCAGGAGACCGCGGAUGGCGCAGGUGGCGGCCCGGAUGAAGGAGAUCACGGCGGUGGGGCCUGAGGGCGCGACCCCGAAGGUGUCGCCGCUGUGGUGGGCUGAGCUUGAGAUCAUGUCUGCUGAAGCUACCUGAUGGUGGAUCCCCUUUGGCAGUCCAUUUCCCCUGUUGUGACCAUGGAUUCUUUGGUUUGCUUUAUUGUUUCUUGUACUGAGAAGUUGGUUAUGGCUUUAAGAUUGAACGUGUAGUAGGUUAGUGGCAUUGUAAUGAGGUGUCCUGCCAGCAAAUCUAGUGAAAGUACACGGGGGAGAUGUGUGGUUUACACCGUUUGUUAACCUUUGAUUUGAUCAAAUUCUUAGGCAAA